AUGGCCGUCGCUUCCACCUUGCGGGGCGGCGCAGCCUCGACGCCUGCGCGCAUCGUGGCUCGCGAUCAGCUCGAAUCGCUUUUUCUUCCGGCGAUCAAGGCGUAUGCGCUCGGCUACAUCAUGGACAUCCUCCCCGCCAUCCUCAAGGCGCUCAUCAGGUUUAUCACGACCGAACUCAAACGCAUCCGCGCGUCCGAAAAGCGUCUACUCGAGGAACGUCGUAUUGCCAAGGAGUCUGGCGAGCUCCACCACUUGCCUCACAAGCGACGACAUGUGCUUGAUUCCGUCAAACCCAUCCUCUCCAGCCUCUAUCGUUUGCCUACACUGCUGCAAGCCAUCGGCAGAGCGUUGGUCGCAGCUCUCGGUCCCAAUGGAAUGGCCAUCAGCUGCUUCCUCGCAAUGGCAGGUUGGCGCAUCUCCGAGAUGCUCGUUUGGUGGCCCAUCGCAAAAUACUACGCGCUCAAACUCGCCUCGCCUUGCUCGUCGCAAGCACACACGCUCCGAGCUCUAUCCUACGCACGCAUCAGCUCGACCUUUGUCGCCUCGUCGCUCAGCUCAGCACUAGCCAUGAUGAUGCUUCAACACCAGAGCGCAGCCGCAUUGCACAACAAAAAUGCCUCUUCCGCCGCCGCCGCAGCAGCAGCGUCCACAGGCGUGCCCCCCAUGUUGACCAUCGAUACAACACCUAGCUGGAUUCCGAGGAGUUUGAGACCCAGUAGCUUGGGCUUUUUGGGAAGAAGAAGCGCUGGCGGCGCGAUGCCGAGAAUAGCUAGUCUGGCUCCUGCAGGCCAUUUCUUGAGCAGGUUGACCAGUUUGACCAUUCCGGGAACGCCAAGUCCGCAACUGUCCCUGGCUGCUGGUGCCAAUUUGAGCGGUGGAGGCGCCAGUCCCGAUGGAAGAUACGAUCCAAAUCCCACUUCUCCCUUGGCGACGCGCCAACCGCUCCCCAAGCUCUCGUCCUCGGCAGCAGAGCCGGCAGAGCCGGACCAAGCGGUAGCUCCACCCGCUUCACCCACUCAGCCAUUUGCCCCACAAUUUGCGUCGCCUUCGCUGGGUAAUGCCAACAAGAGCCGUCGAAAACCCGCACUGGGUCGGCCGAGUCCCACGAUCGACCUCACUCUCUUUGCGCUAGUCCGAGGAAUGGACACGCUCGUCCGCGCGCUGGCCGCUCCUGCUUCGCCGCACAAAGCUCGUCUCAAUGCAUCUGCUGCUCAGCCCUCGUCGCGCACGCUUCUCUCGUGCCUGGCUUCAGGAGCAGCCAACCAAGCGGAAGGACUCAUCUUUGUCGUCUGUUGCGCGCAGAUCAUGUGGGCGUGGUUCUACCACCCGGAACGCUUGCCGCCUACCUAUGUCAAGUGGAUCACCAACCUAGCUACCAUGGACGAGAGACUGCUGCUGGCGCUCCGAUGCAUCCGAAACAGCAAGCCGCUGGUAUGGAACUACCAGAGCAAAGCCAUGACGCCAGAGAGCGUACACUUGUUGGGCAGUCUAUCCGAGGCUUUGGGGCAUCCGUACGAAUGGGGUGAUCCCACCCGGUUGCCCAACACGGCGGCCGAGGCCAAGGCGAUGAUCCAAGAGGCUAGGGCCAAGAAUGCGGAUCAGAGCAGUCAAGGGUUCGUACUGCAUGGAGCGACAGGUCCGAGGGGUAGGGGAGAGAUGGGUGGUAUGCCGUGCGAGCUGGUGCAUUGUGGAACUGGCGGUGGAAACUGCUACAAGAAUGCGCUCUACCGUUGGAUUCGAGGAUGGAGAAUGAGCAUGGCCAUCUACCUGCCCGUGCACCUGCUACCGCGGCUGCUCUUCAAUCCAAGCGGAUUCAUGCGUGAACCGCUCGCCAAUCUGCUCAAAGUGGUCACCGGUGCAGCGCGAUCGGCGGCGUUCCUGGCGACCUACAUUGUGGGCAACUGGUUUCCAAUCUGUCUGGCGCGGUCGGUGGUGUUACCUCGUCUGUUCCCUGGGGUACCAUUCAACUUUUGGGAUGCGGGCAUAGGCCCAGCUAUCGGCAGCAUCGCUUGUGGCUUCAGCAUCUUUAUCGAGGAGAAGCGCAAGCGUGCCGAGAUGGCUCUCUAUGUGGCACCGAGGGCGCUGUUCGCCAUGGUGGAGAGUGCCAAGCCAGGCUGGCUGUCCGAGGGACAACAGACGGCGCUGUGGGCCGAGAGGAUGACGUUUGGCGCGAGCGUGGGUGUGGUGGUGUGCGCGGCAAGGUACAGGCCGGAUCUGUUGCGAGGCAUCACGAGCGCCAUGGGUUGGGUGACCAAGAAGAAGGGCGUACAGGCACCCAGGAGGAAUUACGCUAGGAGUGCCAUGUGA